UCACUGUUGCGAAAAACAAAAAAGAGACUGGUUUGGUAUGGAGCGCGAAAAAUGUGCGAAACGAUUUCUUAGACUUGAGGGUACCGGUAUGGAUAACGGACCUACAGUUUAUAAGCGAUUCGGAUACGACAAAGCUUGUAAUCGGCUCCAAAUAUCAUCAGAUUAGAAUAUACGAUACAAAGGUGAAACGUAGACCUGUGCUUGAUUUUAGUAUCGGUGAUCAUCCGGUGGUGUCAUUGAUUGUAGGCGAUCCAAAUCAAAUAAUAUUUUCUGAUACGGUUGGUAACGUUUCUUCUGUAGACGUUAGAACAGGAAAAACCAUUGGACAAUUCAAAGGUUUCUCGGGUACGAUAACGAACAUGGCUGUCAACACAGCACCCCCUUCAUUGGUGACAGUUGGCAUGGAUCGGUUUCUGCGUGUACACGAAAUGGAUGCAACGC